AAGAGAGGGCAUCAGAGAGGUAUAAAGAGACCAGAACGUUGAAGGCAGAAGUUCUACAAACCAUUCAUCCAAGAUCCUCCCCGAGGCACACAAAAGGCAAAACCGAAAAAAGUUCAUACGAGGCACAGCAAAAGCUUAAUCAAUGACUUCGAGCGUCUCGCACAAGGACACGGUCCCGCCCUUCAAGAUCGAGCAUGCGUUCACGCUGAGCGAAGGCAUCGACGAUCUCAUCGUGGUAGGCAAGACUGCAGCGCAGGAGAGGGGCUUCAUCAACAUUGCAGAAGGCGUGCUCCACGGAUCAGCGAUCAACGCCCGACAGAUCUUCUCCGGCGGCGAUCACGUUCACUUGGGCAACGAGGGAUACAACAUGCUCGAUGCAAGAGUAAUCCUCAAUACCGACGACGGCGCCAUCAUCUAUGUCGCCCACGAUGGGCAUCUCAAGACGAAUCAGCUGACAGGGGACAUCCUGAGCAGGAAGCCGACCGGAAACAAAAAGGGCGGCUGGGACGAGUGCCGCAUCACAAUCAAGGUCAACCUCGAGACGACGGCGGAGAAGUACAGCUGGAUCAACCGCACGCUCUUUAUCGCACGCGGCUUUGACGAGGCCGCAGAGCCUUACGGCGCCUAUGCGCAAUUUGAGAUAUUCAAGGUGUAUUGAUAGCAGUCUUGCGCACUUUUGUGAUGCAG